CUUUUUUACAGUCAUUGGUUUGAGGUGACGCUAGCAGUCACGUGACCUUCGUGUUUGUUCUCGCUCCUGCUGAUCACCAGUGCUCGGUCUUCAGGCUCGGAAGUAGACGGCGACCGGCUGACUCUUGAGUUGAUGUACCAUAGCUGGAUAACAGCGUCACCAGAUCGUGAAGAUGCGUUGGUUUGAGGGCUCCAUUCCUGACGCCAUUAACUCAGCCAAACAGCGCAGCUGCGUCUUUGUGGUUGUCAUCACAGGGGACGAUGAACAGUCAGCGCACCUGAUGUCCAGCUGGGAGGACCACAACGUUUCAGAGGCAACGCACACCAGUUGUGUGGCCAUCAAAGUCGAUGCUAAGAGCGAGACGUGUGUGCAGUUCUCCCAGUUGUAUCCAGUGGUGUGCAUACCCUCUAGCUUCUUUAUUGGAGAGAAUGGGAUUCCUCUAGAGGUCAUUGCAGGCAGUGUGUCUGCUGAAGAACUGAUGAAAAGAAUCAACAGAGUCAAGCAGAUGCAUGCUCAGCAGAUUGGAAGUGGGUCAGUGUUACCAGAGGCAAGUGUGCCUGUGGAGAGUCAACGUGACAACACAGCCACAGAAGAGCCUGCAGCGGUAUCAGGAACAGGGAAAAAAGGUGAUGGCAACCUUUCAGCCCCAGUGUCUCUUGCAGAGAAUGCAUCUUCAGAUCCUGCUACUCAGUGUUCUCAGAGUCAAGAAGACCUGGAGGCUAAGGUGGAAAGGUUGACCAAGAAACUUGAGGAGAGACGAGAGCAAAGGAAAAUGGGGGAAGAAGAGAAUGAGAUCAAGAAAGAAAUUGAGCGGCGGAAGGUGGGAAAGGACACACAGGACUUUAAGAGAAAACAGGAAGAGAAGAACACCAAGAGACUUCUGGAAGAAAGGAAUAGACAGAAGGUGGAGGAGAAGGCUGCCAGGGAGCGGGUAAAACAGCAGAUUGCCUUGGACCGAGCUGACAGAGUGGCACGCUAUGCCAAAUCCCAGGAGCAAGAGAAGGCUGCUAAGCAGGCACAACUUCAGGCCAGACAGGCAGAGCAGGAGGUCAGGAAGGAGGCGUUAGUCAGGGAGAGGAGUACCAUAGCAAGGAUACAGUUCCGCCUCCCAGACGGCUCAUCCUUCACCAACCAGUUCCCUUCACAGAGCAAACUGCAGGCUGCUCGAAACUUUGCUGUUCAGGAAGUGGGAAACCGCUAUGGUAACUUCUCCCUGGCCACCAUGUUCCCUCGACGGGAGUUCACCAAUGAAGACCUGAACAAGACUCUGGUGGAACUAGAACUGGCUCCAAGUGCUUCCAUCGUACUUCUGCCAUCGGGCAGGCCGGGUAAUGCUGUGGUCCAGUCCUCUGCGGGUGGUAUUUGGGCAGUCCUGGGCACACUCCUCUACCCUCUACUGGCUGUAUGGAGAUUCCUCAGCUCCUUCCUUUUUGCAACCCCACCUCCUCCUGCAGCAGCAUCCAGAGGCCCUGCCCACCAGUCCAGCUCUUAUAACAACUCAACAUCAGGCUCCGACAAAGCAAAGAGAGAAAAUCUAUCCAAGCCCUCUCUGGAGAAGCAGCCCAAGGACUUCAAGAAAGAUGGUAAAAUCUGCAGGCUCCGGACUCAGGAAGACAAUGAGGACGACAACAACACCUGGAAUGGGAACUCCACCCAGCAGAUGUAGCACAGUGACAGCAACUCUCCCCUUCCGUUUGCUUUCCUGGUGUGAUUAGUUCAGUCUGACCAGUUCAAGAUUUCUGCUACUCUUAAGGCUGAUCCUUUUUGUUCUAUCUUUUUCUGAUUGUGUUCCAGGCCUAUGCCCCUGCACCUUGCCUGCAUGGGUAGAUAAUAAUCAACAGAACCCCCUUAGGGCUUAAGAUGAGUGUCUUUGUGUUGAUUAUGACAUGGUUCUGUCUCCUAACCUUGACUCAGAUUACAGCAGGACUGUGAAAGGCUACACCAGCACCCUCUCUUUUGUCAGACCUCAUAGUUGAUUAUUCUUAGAUGACUUGGGUGGCUCUGAUGGUUCUGGCACCAAAUUCUCUAAAAAGAGCAAAUGGACUGUAAAAUGCUAACCUAGCCUCAAUCUGUUGUAAUCUAAACCUAGGUUUACUAUUGCCUGUGGAGUCACAGCUCUUUGAAAACUGUUUGGCUGAUUGCUAGUGACUCGUCCUCAUUAUUACUUAACAGUGGAAUGAAGAUUUGUUUUGUUUUAGAUAUAUAAAAUAUUUCAUCAAACAGCUUUCAGCUGCUGCCAGACAAUGUUACAUCUGUAGCUGUUGGACUUAGGUGAUGGCCCACACAAACACACACACGCACACACACACACAGUAUGUGCUUCUACUAGUUUACAGUGGGUGACUACUGUAGUGCUCUUCAUCAAACAAUGAAAAUUAAAACAGCCUGUUUUUCAACAAAAAGAA